AUGCGCGUGAGCGCAAUAAAAUCUGGAGGGUGCUGGUCCCACCGAGCCGCAACACAUGCCGGUACAUGGUUUGUGCUCUCUGUAUACUCCUUGGCUGCGAAUACUUUGCUUAUUGUUCUAAUCUUCAGCAGCACUGAAUUGCGCAGGUUAACUAGUUACUGGAUUCUUGCAUCCUUCGCUGUAUGCGAGGUCUUCAUGUCGGCUAUUGCUUUGUGCUAUGUGGUCCCUUCCGUUCUUUUACAUGAAAAACUAGGAACGACUGAUUUGACUGUACUAUAUCAUUUCCUGUGGAAUGCUGAUGUGAUACAGCUUGCCCUGAUGGCUUUGAACAGAUAUGUAUCUAUAGUCUAUCCUAUUUAUUACUCAACAUUUUUCUCUAAGAAAAACACUGCUCGUCAGCUAUGUAUUUGCUAUAUUUUGGCGACUCUCCAAUCUCUGCCUACUCUCACUCCAUGCUGUUACAUAUUAUGGGACUCGUAUAAUUACAUAUCUUAUUACAUCUCGCCAGAUUCGUGGUACAAAGUCCUGGACUUGAGCAUAAACAUAGCGGUUCUCGUAGAGAUGGUUACCUUCUAUACUGUUGUACUGUGUCAAGUUCGCAGAGUUCAACACCAGACUCGGCAGUCUGCAAACGAAAUUAUUCAUCGCAAUGGCGAAAGCUCCAGAUUGGAAGUGCGUCUUCUUGCUCAGUUUCUCGCUGUUUCGUUGAUUUACCUUGCGACAUGGACGACAUGGCAGUGGAUGCCUUUCGUGUCAGCAUCGAAAUGGUUAUACUUCUUGAUGAUGUCAUUUGCCUAUCUGAAUAACGCAGUUAACCCAACUAUCUAUCUUUAUUUCAACAAUGAUUUACGCUCGAAAGUAUAUGAAUUAUGGAGCAAAAAUCAAAAUCAGUCCAUUGUGAAUAUCACAAUAAGACGUCAGAAUCAGUGA